GAGUUCGUUUCAUCCAGCAUUAGAUGGGACGUGACACAAAUGUCACCGGUUAUGGAUCAUCAAAAUGACCAACAGGGCGUUUGGGGUGGUGUGUGUUGCAUCUUGGGCUCAUAAUAUCAGUCGUAGUUCCGUCUAGGUUUCUAGACUGAGCCAAAGCUUUCUGGAAAGUUCCAUUGGCAUCUGAGCGCUGAAAAUGGUCGUCCGCUUUGUCCAAACCUGCGGGGCUUUAACACUCACCCUCCACACGCUCGUGUCGUUAUCAGCGGCCACGCUCGAGCCCUAUGACUCGCUUUACAGCAGCGGAGUGGAGGCUUUUCAGCGGGCUGAUUAUGCGAACGUCGUGCGGUACAUCGAGAAAGCGCUGGAGAAUUUCGCCCAAGUGCGCCAGACCAAAAUCCGGUGUGGACUCAAGUGCAGGGAUCAACACGAUCUCCGCGUGACUGACGCUGGGACUCAGAACGACCUACCGUUGUUUGAUGCGAUUUUGCGAAGAGCCGCUUGUCUCACCGACUGCAUCGAAAGAAAGCUCGGACCUCUUUCUGUGCAUCAAGUGAGUGCUGAUGUUAAUCAAGACUUCCACAGGAGAAUCCCAUACAACUACCUUCAGCUCGCGUACCUCAAGCUUAAGCAACCGGACAAAGCAGCAGCUGCUGCUCACACAUAUUUCCAGGCAAAUCCUGAGCACAUAGAGAUAAACUUGGAGCAGUACAAGGCACUGCAUGGCGUGGAAGAGAAGCACUUCAUUGACCGAGAAGCCCGUCCACAUCAGAGAGCCUUUGCUGCUGCAGUGCAACUGUACGGUAACGGCAACUAUGAAGCAUCCGUGACACUCUUUGAGGAGGCUUUGACUGAGUACUACAAGGCAGACACAGAGUGUCGAGAACUAUGUGAGGAACCGCAGCGCUUCAAGGAUGACGAUCAUGUACUCUACCGCUACACCAUCUCUGAGCUCAUCUCGGAUCAUUACACACAAGUCCUGAACUGCAAACAUGAGUGUGUGAGGGAGUUGGCGACACGCCCUGGCCGAAUCUCACCAAUGGAGAACUAUCUGCCGCUGCACUAUGAUUACCUGCAGUUUGCUUAUUUCCAGGUGAACAAUCUGAUGCAGGCUGUGUUCUGUGCUCUGAGUUACCUGCUGUUCCAUGAAGGAGAUGAGUUCAUGACUGAAAAUGUGGAGUACUACACUGAAAUGCUGGGACAUGGGGGACAGCCUCGCCAGGACGCUGUGCAGUAUUUGAAGAGACACAAGAAAGAGUUGGAGCUACUCCUCAUCGGCAGUAGCAAUAUGGGUGUUUCCUACAAAGAGGAGAACUACUGGAGCAGCUCAGGUGGAAGAGAUGAUGAAAACUGGAUCCCCUCGGGAACAGAUGGAUGGAUAGAGUAUGUGCCCAUAUCUAAGAAAAAGAACAGCUCAAUGGUCAUAAUGCAGCAGCUUCAAGAGGGAGGCUCUUUGUUGUACGACAGUAUUCGCCUGGUGCAGAACUCUGUUGCUCUUAAUGGAACGCAGAGGGUCCUCUUUGAUGACGUCAUUUCUGAAGAUGAGUGUUCUGAGCUGAGGCAACUGGCACUUAUUACAACAAGUGCUGGAGAUGGCUACAGAGGAAAGGUGUCCCCUCACACACCAAAUGAAAAAUUUGAAGGCACAACUGUGCUCAAAACCUUGAAGUAUGGUUAUGAAGGCCGUGUUCCUUUAAGGAGUGCCCGUCUCUUCUAUGAUGUCAGCGAGAAGGCCAGGAAGAUAAUUGAGUCCUAUUUCAUGUUGAAUUCCACUCUACAUUUCUCAUACACUCAUCUAGUGUGCAGGACAGCUCUCCCAGAUCAGCAGGAGCACAGGAAUGACCUUAGCCACCCAAUCCAUGCUGAUAACUGUCUUCUAGACCCUGAAGCCAAUGAAUGCUGGAAAGAGCCUCCUGCUUACACAUACAGAGACUAUAGUGCCCUUCUUUACCUCAAUGGGGAUUUUGAAGGUGGUGAUUUCAUAUUUACUAAAAUGGAUGCCAAAACCAUCACGGCUUCAGUGAAGCCAAGGUGUGGACGGAUGGUGGGUUUCUCCUCAGGUGGUGAGAACCCACAUGGUGUGCGUGCAGUCACAAGAGGGCAGCGCUGUGCUGUGGCACUCUGGUUCACCCUGGAUCCCCUCUAUAGAGAGCUAGAGAGGCUUCAAGCUGAUGAAGUGGUUCAAGCUCUCGAAAACCAGCACCAGUGGGAUCACAUCAACCAGAAAGACGAGUUAUAGUCCAAGAUCCAAUGACAGCAAGUCUGAGAUUCAGAGAAACAUUCAUUUCGAACAGUUACUAUUUAUUUUGUCUUAUGUGAUCAGAAUUCUUUUAUUUUUGUACUGUUUAUUGAUGUCUUCUUGUUCUGUGAUUCAGAUGGAGUUUUUAUGCAUAUCAGGUUACAUUUUGGUCAUAUCUUUCAAUAUCACCUUUAAAAUGCUGGUGCAUCCUGGAUAAUGCAGAGAUACUGUACAAGAUAAUAUACAAUGUAGAUACAGUGUUGCUUGAAACUUUGUGAACCCUUUCUAUAUUUCUGCAUAAAUAUGAACUAAAAUAUCAU